GGGCGGGUCUUUGACGGGCGGUGUCCACGGCGGGCAGUGUUGGUUGUCCCCCGGUGUAAGGAGCCGAACCACCCGGGGAAAGGAUGCCUCUAGUUGCUCGCUCGAUUGAGCCGCGCCACCUGUGCCGGCAGAAGCUUCCCUCUGUCCAGAGUGAGCUGGAAUGUAUGACCAAUCUCACGCUGUCCAAUGUCAUCCGCCAGCUGGGAAGUCUAAGUCGCUAUGCAGAGGACAUAUUUGGAGAGUUGUUCACUCAGGCAAGUCAUUUUGCAUAUCGUGUAGGAACCCUUGGGGAUAGGGUGGAAAAACUACAGGUCAAAGUGACACAGCUGGACCCCAAAGAAGAGGAGGUCUCUCUCCAGGGUAUUAAUUCACGGAAGGCUUUCCGUAGUAACACCUUGCAGGACCAACAGCUGUUUGUACGUGACUCUCUGUCUCUUCCUGUGCAUGAAACAUACAUGACCUGUAACAUGCCACCUCCGCUCAACAUCCUGUCACCUUAUAGGGAAGAUGGAAAGGAGGCCUUGAAGUUCUACACUGAUCCCUCUUACUUCUUUGACCUGUGGAAGGAGAAGAUGCUGCAGGACACAAAGGAUAUCAUGAAGGAGAAACGCAAACACAGGAGAGAGAAGAAGGAUAAUCCCAACCGUGGAAAUGUGAAUCCACGUAAGAUCCGCACUCGGAAGGAAGAAUGGGAAAAAAUGAAAAUGGGUCAGGAGUUUGUGGAAGCCAAAGACAAGCUGAUUAAUGCAGGUUCUCAGAAUGGAUCUAUUACAUCUAUGGAUGGCACAGAUGUGAUUCAGUACCCACCCCCACCUCCAUUUGAAGAUACUUCCCCUGGUCCUCCACUUCCUGAUGAUUCUCUUCCACCUCCUCCUAUGGACUUUGGUUUACCUGCUUCCCAUCGUGUCAGCCUGGUUAGCCCCGCCCACCCUCCUCCAGAUCCUCCCAUUGGUUCCCCACUAGGAGGGCGGCCAAGUUUCUCCCCUCCACCUGCUCCUCCUCCACCUCCUCCUAUAGGUCUUCCUGACCCAUCCUAUCUACCUCCCCCAUCCCCUCCAUCUUGUCCUCCUAUCCCAGGAUUUCCUGCCCCUCCUCCUCCUCCAGCCCCUGCUGUCUUGGAGUACAACGCUGUCUCUCCAUUGUCCCCUGUACAACCCCCUGCAGGAGGACCCCCACCACCACCUCCUCCGCCUCCACCACCCCCUCCACCAGGUCCCCCACCACCUGGACCCCCACCACCUCCUUCCUUCUCCCAUUCAGAAGGAGAAUCCACUGCCCACAGCUCAAAACCCAAAACUUCCCUUCCACCUGUAAGCGAUGCUCGGAGCGACCUUCUGUCAGCCAUACGUCAAGGUUUCCAGCUGCGGAAAGUGGAGGAGCAGCUGGAGCAUGAGAAGAGAGACGUCGGAGGCAAUGAUGUGGCCACAAUCCUCUCGCGUCGUAUUGCUGUAGAGUACAGUGACUCAGAGGAUGACUCUUCUGAAUUUGAUGAAGAUGAUUGGUCUGACUGAAAACAUUGGCUGCUUGGUGGAGCAAUAUGAGAAAGAAUGGAAAUACAUUGAUGUAAAGGGAGGGAGCUGUUAACACAAAAGGCAUAGUCUUUAAGGCAUCUAGGAAAAAUGUCGGCUACAAAAUCAAUAGGAUGCAAAAUUGUACACUAAUUCUUCCCUUAAGUUAAGGGUAUUUUUGAUAGGAUAAGUGACUCCUCCUAUUGAUUGCAUUAGCGACCAUAAUAUAACCAAGACCCUACAGACCCUGCAGAAAGGGCACCUCCUUCCUCUGCUAAGGAAUACACCUUUUAAAGGGGUCUAUGCCAGGCUUACCAGUGCUACCUAUGGAAUCCUACACCCCCUUUAUGCUAAGAUGUAAAAGCCCUCUGCUUUUUUUUCUUUGCACUUUUUCUUCUGUAACUUUGUACGGUUUCAGUAUAUAUAUUUCAAAUAAGCUAAGAAACAAUAAAUCCAAACAGUGCCUUGAAUCUAACCAUUUUAAAGGUGUAGCAUCAGGACAGAGCAGUCUUAGAACCAAAGGACAAUCCUUGAAUAACUCCCUCACCUAAACAUCUGCAUUGAAUAUAAAAUGAUACAAUUACAUAGUAUGCAGAGCGGCAACAUAAUUAGAAAUAAUUAUAUAUAAAUAUUGUAGGGGAGAGGUGGAAAAGUAUACUUUACAUAUAUAUAUAUAUGGGCCAAUUUAUAUAUAUUUUUUACUUGGCAUUAAUGCUUUGCUUAUGUCUGUAUAGGUAGGUGACGAAAAGCACCACUGAAAGUUAGCAGUCCUACCAAUAAGCAAAAUUACAUUGAAAUCUCAUCUUCUGGAAAUCAAAGAUUAACCCAGAAGUUGGCAUGUUUUAGGGGUUGAUUCUUAGCAACACGAUUUCAUUUAAUAUUCCCUAAUACUAGUCUAUGCAAAAUUGAAGUUUUAUUUAACACCAGCUACAUUUAGGUUUAUGCAAAUGUGUAAUGUCAACUUAUUCAUUGUUAUUAUGGAAAUAUAUACUUUUCAGUUUUGUAAUGAUAUAAUAUUGAAAUUAUAAGUGCCUUAAUAGAUCUGAAUUUUGGGAUCAAGUGCCAUAUUAAAAUCUGGAAGUGCUGCAGGGUAUGUCUGCCAUUUAUAACGUGCUGUAUGAGUAUUUUUUUGCUAAUUAUAUUUACUGGGAGCAGUUUUAUUCUGUAUUGACAAACUGUUUAUUAGCAGCUUUAUAUAAAGGUUUCUUUUGCCUACA